GCAUUCCGGUAUUUUGAAUUUUGUAAAAAAUUUUCAUCCAUCCAUUUCAUUUCGAACAAAUUCGAGUGAUAAAAAACAAGACAACUAUUUACACCAAAUUUCGCCUUGUAUUGUGGAUUCUGCUGAAUCCUGUUCCUGUUUUUUAUUCGUAUAAAAAAACAUUCGAUUUGAUCAUGAUCAUCGUGACAAAAUAUUUCAACAUUUUAUUCAACCGACAAAAAUUACAAACAACAAAAACAAAACAAUAAAGCCUUAUUUCUUUAUAUAUCUCUCAUCUAAUCUCAGGAUAAACAAAACAAAAAUGGCAAUGCAUAAAAAAGAUCGACCAAUGUUAAGUGUUACUUCACUUUUGUAUGGUUCGCAACUGCCAUCAACAACAACAAAUAAUAAUAAUAAUCCAUUAAUAUUCGCACAGAAUAAUAAUAAUAAUAAUGGUGGAAUUCAAGGUUCGAUAAAUACAAGUGGCAAUAAUAAUAAUAAUGUUAUAACAACAAUGAUUGGCAAUGGAAGAAAUACAACAGCUAUUAUGAAUACAACAACUAGUCCAAUUGGAACGAUUAGUCCAACACAAAAGCAAAUGAUCAAUAGUAAUAAUAAUAAUAAUAUUGUAUCUACCUGUGAUAAUAAUAAUAAUAAUCGAUAUCCUCCUAAUCAUCCGCUUAGUGGUUCAAAACAUUUAUGUGCCAUUUGUGAAGAUCGUGCUUCGGGUAAACAUUAUGGUGUCUAUAGUUGUGAAGGUUGUAAAGGUUUUUUUAAACGUACCGUACGAAAAGAUUUGACCUAUGCUUGUCGUGAUGAUAAAAAUUGUAUUGUUGACAAACGUCAACGUAAUCGUUGUCAAUAUUGUCGUUAUCAAAAAUGUUUAGAUAUGGGUAUGAAACGUGAAGCAGUACAGGAGGAACGACAACGUAAUAAACCAUCAACAUCGGAAAAUGAACCAGAAUCAUCAACAACAACCACGAUGACAAAUUCACCGACAACAACAACAACAAAUAUUUCGAUGAAUCAAUAUCAUCGUUCAAAUAAUGAAUUACGAACAUUUGAUGAUUUAAGUAUUGAACGUUUGACUGAAGCAGAAAAAUUAAUUGAAAUUACGACCAAAUGUUCACCGACAGCAAAAGGUGCAACCAAAGAGAUUGAACUUUUAUUUCAAUGGAUCAAAAACAUUCCACAUUUUCAAUCAUUAGAUCAAGAUGAUCAAUUAGUUUUAUUAAAAAGUAGUUGGAAUGAAUUAUUGAUUGCAGAAUUUUCCUAUCGUUCUACAUGUAAACAUGAUGCCUUAUUAUUAGCUAAUGGUGUUGAAGUUAGCCAACAAAAAGCCCAAAGUGCCGGUAUUGGUGAUAUUUUUAGCCGUGUUCUUAAUGAACUUGUUGCCAAAAUGCGUGAAAUGCAAAUGGAUUUAUCCGAACUUGGCUGUUUAAGGGCGAUCGUAUUAUUUAAUCCAGGUAUAUUUCCUCUCUCCCUUUUCACUGUCAUCCAUUUUUAAAUGUUUUAUUUUUGUUUAGCGCUUAAAAAUUUAAAAAACGCAAGUACAGUGGAAAAAUUACGUGAUCGUGUCUAUUCAUUGUUGGAAAAUCAUUGUCGCCUAUCAUAUCCAGACAAAACAACACGAUUUGCAAAACUAUUGGUUCGUUUACCAGCAUUACGUUCGAUUGGUCUUAAAUGUAUUGAACAUUUAUUUUUUCAACAAUUUUUGACCGAAAAUAAUCUAAAACAGAAUAUAGAUAGUUUUAUUUUGCGGAUGUUAAUGAUUCCUAAAUGAAAAUCAUGAAUGGCUUCAAACUUUAUAAAUUUCAUCCUAUUUAUUUUUAUUUUUUUGGAUACAAG